AUGUUUGCUUAUGGGGUUUGGGCAACUCAACAGGAAAUGGUUGCUAGAUUUGCAGAUGCUUUACCUCCAAAGUGGAGUUCGCUCAUUGAGUUGUUGAAGCAUACGGGUACUCUAGAUACGGUCAACAUCUAUGAAUUUAUUCAGAAGCUGGAACACAAGAAUGAUGAAGAAAUUCGGAAAGCUAAACGAGUUCCUGCUCCUCAAAAUACAGAAAUGUACCUUCCAGGAUUCGACUCUUUGGCCAGAUCCAGUGCAGCUCAGCAACCAAAAUUUCAAACGGCAUUUGUGUCCAACACAAGUUCCUUUCCGUUUCCUCAGUCAGCUCCUACUCCGGCUUUUGAUCCAAGGGCUUAUAUUCCAACACCUCAACCUCCACCUCCAGUUAAUACUACUCAACCACAGUUCGAUCCGAGGGCUUACAUUCCUGUUCCAUCACAACCACAAGUCCAACCACAAUAG